UGGAAUCCGACGACGUCCGAGACAAAGGUUCACCACCCUGAAGCCAAUCCAGCGCGUGGAGUAUGAUUUAGAGUCCGAACAAUCGGAGAAAAUGUUCGUGUACAGCGUGAAGGGAAAUUCGUACAAACGCCUCCACGGUGCACCAGUGGAGGUAUUUCGCGGUCAAAGGGUACACGAGUACCCUCUGACCGCUACGUCAUCCAGAAGUGAAAAAUGUCACUGGUUGUCGCCUUGGUGCACCAACGAGUAUUACUAUCGAUUCACCCGCUUCGACGUGAGCACCGAGGCGUUCACGACGCUGCAGGUGCCAGUCCCGUCCCAGCAGGUGCGCUACUUGACGUGGCACAAUGUCAGAGACUCGUUCCACGUGGCGAAAGACGGGUCGUGCCUGGUCGCGGUUUUUUCCUCUUCGGCAAACGAGCAUGGAGUUUUUUUCGAGGUUUGGGCGGAGCUUGACUAUGCAGCGCUUCAGAGGCCACAUGAAUGCUCAUGGACCAUGCUGUACAAUGUCUCGAGCCUUCUUCGUCCUCCUCCUCGGGCCUUUGCGACCAGGUUGCACGUCCCCCGGCUGUGGAAGGACGGCAAGCUCUUUGCCCGGUUCGUGAUGGGAGACGACGAGCUGCGCGUGGUGGAUCUGGAGAAGGAGAGCUGGAUGGUUUUGGAUUCGGUGGAGGUUAAGUUGUUAGGGAAAGAGGAUUAUUUGGAGCUCGUAACGUAUUUUCCAUCCUUGGUGUCGUUGUCUGGC